AUGGCCCAAAGCAAGCUCACAAUCUUCGACCUUCCCCGCGAACUGCGCGAUGAGAUUUGGAUCCUCAUAGUGUCACACGACAUGCGCCUCCUCUCAGGACAGCACAUGCCUUCCGACAUAUACAAGACACCGAAAGAGGCUCGCCGGCACCUCACUGUGUUCAACCUCCUCCUCGUGAGCAAGGUGGUCAAGAGAGAAAUCAAAAAUGCAUUUCGCAAGCGCUGUAUAUUCACCUUUUACACCAGCACGCUUCUCUUGGCCCUUUUGGAGUACGGCCAUAGUUCUUGGGGUGGCUCCAAGCUCUUGUCAGACAACCGGGGAAUAACUUAUACCCCGACGCCCGAGAUCUUCUUUGAAAUGGGGCAUGUCAGCAUUUUCCCCAACGGUCCAGUAAACACCAGUCGAAGACGGGACGAUGCCUUUGUCUGGUGCUCAAAUGGGAGCCGGAGAAGGAAAACGUACAGUCACGCGGCUCGUCCGCCGGGAUGGAAGACUCUGGACCCUGGUGCUGCGCGGCUGCUCAAUUUCAUGCUCAAGUCCCCCUUGAAGCUGCGUAGCUUGGAGAUGUCGGCCAUCUUGCUGCUCAAUAUUCGUGUUGUGCGGCAGCUGAGGAGACUGCGAGGAGUCGACUUGCAUUUCGCAUUCAUACCAGACGAAAUCGAGCUCCCAGACAAUGAGCUGGCAAUUGAAGACAAAAAAUACCUGGUAAAGUGGCUCGCUGAGACUGCCGACACAAACAUCGUCUUGCCAAUCUAUAAAACGGAGUCAGGUGUUGAUCCUGUGUCAGUAGCGCCUCUCUCAUGCCUGGUCAUCGCUAUUCGCCGCGAAGUUGCAAGUAGUAGAGCCGUAUCACGAGCCGUUCGCGGUGAUGAGAAUCAAGUAGAUAGGGAUCCACCGCUUUGGAUCGACUUCGAUGAUGAGAGCAUUGCGACUACAAAAGAUAUAAUAGCGACUUAUACCAAGGCGUCCCUGUCGACGCCAACAUCAGGAUGGUAUAGAUAUUUGGCACGAAACCCCGGCGUCAUCUCUCUCGAGAUGGCUGAAGAGCCACGCCCUCGUGAGCCGCUCAAGCGAAAAAAGCUCAAACGCCAGCGGCAAGAAUGGGGAGCACGGGCUUGGGAUGACGAACGGUUUCGUGCUCAGCGGCUUCUACGCAGCGAAAACUUGGAUGUGCCAAGAGCGUUGAGGAUCUCCAACCUAGGUCUGGAGGACAUUGUUAUAGCCCAUAGAUAG